AGCCCCGACCUCGGCAGGCCCCGAAGCUGAACAGAAGCUCUCCCGGCUGCGAGGUCGGGGCGCCUGCCGGAGCUGCCGCGAUGGAGCUGGGGAACAUCUCACAGCCCGUGUACGGCCCCGGCCUCGAGGCGCCGAGGAGCAGCACGCCGGGCCUGGUGGGGAUGGUGCACGGCUUCCUGCGGCUGGUGCAGCCCAACGCCCUGCCCGCAGAGCUGAUCACAGGUUUUUGGCAGAACCAGAGUGAGCAGGAUGACAAGGAGAAAAUCCAGCAGCUGCUGCUCUACGAACUGGGUUUCCUGGUGUGUGUGGCCAUCGGGCUCCUCUUCAUCAUCCUGGUGCCGCUGGUGGGAUGCUGCUUCUGCUGCUGCCGCUGCUGCGGGAACUGCGGGGGCCGCAUGUACCAGAAGCAGAGCCGGCGGACGGGCUGCCGGCGCCGCGCGCUCUGGGCCUCCGUCCUGCUGCUCUCAGGCCUCCUCCUGGCUGGUGAUGUCUGUGCCUUCAUCAGCAACACCCGCUUGUCCCAGGCCGUGUGCGGCACCUUCCCCAAUGUCAACACCACCCUGCAAAACUUCCAAACCUACGCGGCCUCCAUCCCCCAGCAAGUCAAUUUCAUCAUCAGCAGCAGCGACGUCCCGUUGGGCCUCGCCAACCGCAGCCUCCAGGACAUUGGGCCCAAUCUGGGCGGCAUGAUCAUCUUGGGCAUCAGGAGCAGCGCGGACAAGGCUCUGGGAUCCAUCAAGAGCCUCCUGCAAGGGAUGGACGUGCUGGCAGCCGCCUUCAGCAGCGUGGCCCAAACUCGCUCACACCUCGAGGAGCUACAGAGCAACUACAGCGAGCGGCUGCAGAGCCUGCGGGACAGCCUCAACCAGAGCCUGCAGGACUGCGGCAGCUCCUGCGCCCACGUCACCCUGGACGGCCUCACCUUCAGCACCAACUUCAGCACGAUCCCUGGUGUGGAGCAGCAGCUGGAGGCGCUGAGGGAGGUGUCUGGCUCCAACAUAACAGCGGAUUUAGAGAAGGUUAACACGGCACUGGACUCCAUCCCUGACAAAGUGCAAGAGCAGUCCCAGGACGUGGUGACAAAGACCCAGAACCAACUGGACCACAUCAGGCAGAAUAUCACGACCUUGCAGAUGCAGUUGCCAUUCCUGGAUGUGGAGGAGAACAUUGGGGCUUUUGUGAGCAACGUGAUGUCGGGGGUGGAGAGUGGCAGGGGGCUGACCAUCAGCUUGGACAUGCUCAGGUGGAGUGUGUGCGUCCUCCUGUGCUGCAUGGUGCUGCUGGUGGUCUGCUGCAACGUCUUUGGGCUGUUGCUGGGCCCCCUGGGGCUGAAGGAAAACGUGUUGCCCACGAAACGCAGCGGCCUCUCCAAUGCCGGCGGGAACUUCUUCAUGGCAGGGGUUGGCUUCAGCUUCAUCUUCUCCUGGCUGCUGAUGCUGGUGGUGCUGGUCACCUUCGUGCUCGGGGGCAACGUGUACAUGCUCAUCUGCGAGCCCUGGCACAGCCAGCAACUCUUCCAGCUCCUGGAUACCCCUGGCCUGAUCCCUGGCUUCAACCUGUCAGAGCUGUUGGGCCAGGAGGAUGGCACAACAAACUUCUCAGAGAUAUACAGCCCUAUGCUCCCCUCCUGCAGGCAGUGCCAACAAGAUGCUCCCCUAUGGCAAACGCUGCACCUGGACCAGAGCCUGUCCCUGGAUGAGCUCUUGAACAUCAGCCAGUACACAGGACAGAUCUCCACGGCCUUCAAGACGAUGAACAUCACCCUGAGCCCCAUCUCCCUGCUCAGCCAGAGCCAGAGCAAAUUGCUGCUGAACACCAGCCGGGCCGUGCAUCCCCCCAACUUCACCCUCACCCUGCAGCAGCUGGAUCAGAAUGUGACCCAGGGAAGCCUCCUGGAUCUGGCUGUAGAGCUGGAGCAGCUGGCAGACAAAGCGGACAUAAGUGUGAAAGGGAAGCUGGAGGAUGGUGCUCGCAAGCUGAGGGAGCUGGACAAGGAGAUGCAGAUGAGCUUCUCUGGGCCGCUGCAAAGCCUGAAGGAGAACAUCAUCUUGGUGCAGGACGGGGCUGUCCACCUCGAGGAAAGGACAGAAGCUGUGCUGGACCAAGCCAACAAAACCCAGGAGUUCCUGGAUAGCGAGAUGACAAAAAUCAUCAAGAACGAGACAUGGGCCUACCUAGAGAAGCUGUUGGACUUGUUUGAGACCUACAUCUCCUGGGCCAAAAGCAGGCUGAGGGGAGAAGUGGCACGUUGCAAACCCAUAGCUCAGACCCUGGAUAACAUGGAGGCCAUCACCUGUGACUACACCCUGGACUCUCUGAAUGCCUUCUGGUUCAGCCUGGGCUGGUGCACCAUCUUCCUGCUGCCCAGCAUCAUCCUGUCUGUCAGGCUCGCCAAGUUCUACCGCCGCAUGGACAUCGCCGAUGAAUACAGGAAUGCAGCCUUCGAGAUGCCACCCACAUUCAACUUGUACAAACUCCCCCGGCCAUCUACAAGGCAUUAGCCCCUGCUGCUCACAGCACAGGCACGGACACGGCUGCUCUGUCUGCUGCACCUUCUCCCUGGGUGCUGGGGAGCAGGUUGAGACCCCCCCAGCUGAAAUCCCCUCCCCAGUUCCCAUUAUGUGGCAAUGCCCUGGUAUGUGUGUGUGUGUGGGGUGCCCCUUGCACUGUCCCAGCUGGGAUUUUACCCCCCUCCCCCGGACCUCAUGGGCUCAGGGCCUGCUGCCCCAGGUCUCUUACUCAAAAAAAUGUGACUAUUUUUGAAGGAACCUGACUCUUUCCAAGGCUGUGAUUUUUGGUGUCAAUAAA